AUAGAUGGAUGCAGGCAAAAAUGCAAACAUGUGAGUUUUGUUUUGUUUAUGUUCAAUCUUUUCUUCUGUUUAAAAAACAAAAUCUUCAUUGUUUAUUUAACUUUUGAUCAUCUGUAAAUUUUGUCUUUAAUUAAGUGAGUUACUAUUCUAUAAUCGAUUAAGAUGUCUCGUAAUAAUAGUGUUAAGAAGAAUAAAAGAAAAAGGCAAAGUAUGACUCCUUCAACGAUUCAGUUAGGAACUGCCAGUGACUCUGAUGGGGGAAUCGGUGAUCAUCCCGACACUAACUCAAUUAAUCGUACACUUAGUCAGCUGUAUAUGACUGGACGAGGUAUAAACACGCCACAAAAAGAAUUUUCCAUUAAAGAAUCAAAGGAAGAAACAGAGGCUACUAAAGAAAUUGAUAAAGCCUUAAAGAAAAAGGCUCGUCUUAAAGAGCGUUAUCUAUUUUCACCCUCGGCUAAUUUUGAGGAUCUCGGUGGAAUUGAUGAUAUUGUUAACGAUUUGAAGGAAUAUUUGGAUCCUGAACAAAGAAAUUUAGUUGAACUCGGUUACAAUGGAUGUAAGCGUAUUCUUAUUUCUGGUGUUUCUGGAGUUGGUAAAAGUAAGUUAUCCGAGGGAAUAAUUAAUCACUGUAAACUACCUGCACUGAAAUGUACAUUUAGCCGUUUGUUUACUGGUAACCCUGGAGAGAUAGAGUCAUCAUGUAGAAAUUUAUUCAAUUUUGCCCGGAGUAUGCAACCUUGUAUCAUAGUUAUGGAUCGACUCGAACGUAUUGUAGGAAAACGCACAGAUUCACGGAAUGAUAAUGACAGAGAAAUAAUGACGGAUACUCUCAUUGAAUCCUUUGAAGAGUUGAAUAAAGAGAUUUCUGAUAUUAUAAUCAUUGGUAUCACCAACUCAGUUGAUGCAUUAGAUUAUGGCUUCAUGAGUGCUGCACGAUUUACCAAGAAAGUUUACAUUGAUGUUCCUGAUGAAAAAUCUCGUAGUUCAAUUUUAAAAGUUCUAAGUAAAAGUAUCAAAAUCAAUGAGGAUUUAAAUUUUGAUGAACUUGGUGCAAAAACUCCUGGUUAUGUUGGAUCUGAUCUUCGCGAUCUUGUUGACGAAGCUGGAUUGGUAGCUGAUGAAAGACUCAGAAAAAACAAGACACGCAAACCGAAUGAAAAAUCAAGUGAUCUUGAUGAGAGUAUGGAAACCGAAACAAAUAUUUCCAGAAAUGUGAUAGACACUGAUUUUUACAUAGCGCUUAAGAGAAUCAAGCCUUCUCUUAAAAGAGACGGUUUCGCAUCCAUUCCUGCUAUAACAUGGGCAGAUAUUGGAGCAUGUGACCACAUCAGGAAAAAGUUGAUGGCAACUAUUUUGUUGCCAGUUAAAUGUCCAGCUUUUAUGGAGAAAACUAUGCGUGGUAAAACUUCAUGUGGUAUAUUACUUCAUGGUCCACCAGGAUGUGGUAAAACUUCAAUUGCCAAAGCAAUCGCGAAUGAAGGUGAAAUAGCAUUUAUUUCAGUGAAGGGACCAGAAGUCUUGAAUAUGUAUGUUGGAGAAUCUGAAAGAAAAAUUAGAGAUAUUUUCGAAAAAGCGGCCAAAGCAAAACCUUGUGUAAUAUUUUUCGAUGAAAUAGACGCAUUGUGUACCGAAAGAGCUGCAUCCGAGCGCUCAAACGUAACUCAAAGUGUUCUAAGUCAGAUCCUAACUGAAAUGGAUGGUUUUGAUAAUCAAUCAUGUUUAGUACUAGCAGCUACUAAUAGACUUGAUGUAUUAGACUCUGCUAUUCUUAGACCCGGUCGUUUCGAUAAUCACAUCUAUGUCGGUGUCCCCGAUGAAGCAGCCCGCUUGGAUAUACUAAAAGCUAUUACGAGAAAUAACAAACCACCACUUUCAUCGGAAGUCUCUCUUAAAUCAAUAGCAUAUGACAGUCGUCUCAGGAAUUUUACCGGAGCUGACUUGAGAGGAUUAAUUGAAAGAGCUCACACAAUAGCAUGUAUUGAAAUGUAUGAUGAAAUUGGAACUUUAGACGAAGAAAAAUUUGUAAUUAAACCACAUCAUAUUGAAUCGGCUCUUAAGGAGAGAGGAGCUUCCAUUUCAGAUGAAAUGUUAGAAUUUUAUUUGAAAUCAGCGAAAAAAGUGGGACUAUCUUAAAGACUAUUUGAUAAAUUUUGAUCUUGUACUGUAAUUUCAUACAGAAUUUAUUAAAGAAUGGUAACAAAUGCCAGAUUUAAUGUUAA